CGCUGCCCUCAUUGUGACGUGAGGAAUACUGUACGUUAUUUUUAUCUGUUUGUAGCAAGAUAACAAUUCAUCUCGUCAUGUAUUCACAUUUUACAAUUAUGUACAUACAUUUCACUAAAAGACAGUGUCAGAUACCACUACUUUCGCUAUAAAAAAAAAAUUAGAACGGAAACUGCGACGUCCUAUCAACAGACACGCUGAUUGGACAAUCUCAACCCUGAGAGCCAAUCGCAGAGAUCGAAACUGCAACGUCGCCAUGGUUGAUUCGGAACAGGAACAUGCCUCACGUCAUGGCUCAGAUGACGAGGGGACGACGUCACUUUCAGCUGUUUUUUUUUUUUGCUGGAUAACAACUCAUGUCGUCAUUCAGUCAUCAUGCCAAUUACUAAUAUACAUGCCAGAUGACGGGAUUUAAUCGUUAUGUAUUCAUUUAUUUACACGGACCGAUCUGAUUUUUCAAUACUUUGCCAGCUAACCGGUUUAGCUAACUGGUUUAGCUUCAUUUAGCACUGAGUGCCACGAAGAAUGUUUUGCGAAAAUGCACAGAUUUUAAGAUAAUAUUAUGCACUUGUCGAUCGGAGUUAGUGGAGUUGGUCAUCAUGAUAUCCGUUUUUGACUUCUCGGGUCUGGAUACUUUCCCGAGGGCGCUGUGUUUGAGUGUAAUGGAGGAAAUUGUCAACUCGGCCAACUUUUGCUACGAAUAAAGUAAAAACACCCACUAUGGCCUCGCUGUUGAAUGACCCCACCAUGGAGAGACUGUUUAAAGGCCACAAGGAUCCCGUCACUUGCGUGCAUUUCAGUCCGAACUCCAAACUACUGGCAUCGGGCUCCGUCGAUAAAAGCCUGAUGAUUUGGAAUCUAUCGGCUAACGGGAGGUCCUUGCGCUUCGUCAACCAUCAAGACGCCGUCACUUGCGUGCAGUUCUGCCCUGUGGGUAACCUGGUGGCGACCUCAUCCAAGGACAGGAUGGUGCGACUGUGGAAGCCGUCAAUAAAAGGCGAGUCAACGGUGUUCAAGGCGCACACGGCGGCGGUGCGCAGCGUGGGGUUCUCCCAAGAUGGAGCGCGGCUGGUGACGGCGUCCGACGAUAAAUCGGUGAAAGUUUGGAGCGUCUGCCGACGAUGCUUCCUCUACUCGCUCAACCAGCACACUAACUGGGUGCGCUGCGCCAGGUUUUCACCAGAUGGUCGCCUCAUCGUGUCUUGCGGGGACGACCGCACCGUCAGGUUAUGGGACACAUCCAGCAAAAACUGCAUCAACUGCUUCUCAGACAACUGCGGAUCUGCGACUUAUGUGGACUUCAACUCAAGAGGCACCUGUAUCGCGUCGUCGGGGGCGGAUAGCGCCCUUAAAAUCUGGGACAUACGCACCAAUAAGCUCAUCCAGCAUUAUCAAGUCCACAGCGGUGGUGUCAACAGCUUCUCCUUCCACCCGUCCGAUAACUACCUGAUCAGUGGCUCCAGCGAUGGUACUAUCAAGAUCCUGGACCUGUUGGAGGGACGCCUUAUCUACACGCUGCAUGGACACAAGGGCGCCGUCCUCACUGUAGCCUUUUCCACGGCUGGAGAGCUUUUUGCUUCUGGUGGUGUCGAUUCUCAGGUGAUGUUGUGGAGGACCAACUUUGACACCAAAUCCUACCGGGAGGUUCUGGAGCAGCAUAGACAGCGGGCCGUCCCUAAACCCCCACCCCACCUGACUGAUAUUCAUCCCCGAGUGCCCCACCUUCACCUCACCCACCCCACGGACAUUGAGGUCGGCCCAGGAUUGACGGACACGCACUCAGCGGAGCCGGAGAUCGUCGAGCUCCGAGAAGCUAGUCACCAAGACCCGCACCAGGACACCGAUGAGCACCACGCCGAAGACGGACACGCCCGGGACAGUUCGUCUUCUGUCGCCACGGGGACGGAGGACGAAGGUUGGACGAGGGAUGAGAGCGGCGGCGAGGGAAGUCAAAAGAAGCGGGGAGGAGACAACAGCAGGGAGCGGCGGGACAAGGAUUUUAGGACGCGGCGAGAGGAUGACGCCUCAAAACGGGGGCCAGAAGACUCUGAAACGGCACACCCAGUGGACAUGUCGGAGGUAGCGUCGGGGCACCCUCGGGUUCUGAACUCCAUCCUGCAGCACAUGGUCAAGCAGCUAGGCGUCCUCACGGAGACCGUUUCUGUGCUCGAGGAGCGUCUUAGUCUGACGGAAAACAAAGUUCAGGAGUGUCUCGCCCAGACACAACGUACCGGGGGACCGCCCGAUAGACCACCGGACAACCUCACAUGAGGUACAUUUGACAUCGCCUGUGUGUUUGUGAGCACUUCCCCCUCCCUCGCAUAUAAACCUGUCCAGGGAGCCACUUUCCUUGUAGAGGAUUGAAUGUGUCACUCUGACAUGGUGAUGGCAAACAAAAUUGGCCACUAGAGACGCUUUCUUAAACACCACCACCCCUCCCAGUUAACGUGGAUAUUUGGAUUGUGUCCGUCAAUGGCAGUGAAUGAGUUUCGAGCACCAGCGAAACUGAGCUUGAGUUUUUUAAGCAAUCUUUAUUACAAUGAAGUCGACUAAAUGUAAAACAAGUCACAGUUUCAACAUGCCUCACGGACUGUUUCCUGUUCUCAUCUUAAAAUUCUAAUCUUAAUUUAGGGUUUCAAAUUUUGGGGUUAGAGUGAGUUUCAAAUUGGCCCUGGCGUGAAGCCUUCAUUUUCAGUCGUCAUGCGUGUUUUGAGGCCCGAACACAUGAUCAAAACUCUUAACUAAAAACACUUAACUGUAACUUGAUGCAGUAACUUGAAACCAUAACCAUAGUGUGAAACCUUAUCCCUGUUUUGAAAAGCAAUCCUCAAUCCCUAACUUAUGUUGGAAACCAGAGCUCAUGCUCAAAAUCCUGCAUUUUAAAACCGCAAUUCAAAGCAAUAAUCCUAGUUCAAAACUCCACUCGGAAACAUGAACCAUGCCCUGAAAAAUCCUACCUUGAAACCCUAACCCAGGGGUGUCAAACUCAUUUUUCUCAUUGUAGUUCCAACUUCCCUCAGAUGGCCGUUGUAACUGUGAAACAAUAAAAAUAUUUAAUCGUAUCAUCAUAUUUACAUUAUCAAUUUUAUGAACCAGUUUUCGAAUCAGAACUCAAGGGCAAUGUGUUUUUCAAAUGGUAACACAAAAAUGCCUGUAAUAUCUCAACGUCAUCAUUUACGAUAAUGACAUUUUGAAAUUUUGGUACAGAUUUCUCAAGAAUCGUGAAAAUUGACACUAGAUUUGGCUCCUCGGGCCAUAAAAAUCAUGUAGAGGGCCGAAGCUGGCCACCCGGGCCUUGAAUUUGACACCUGCUCCCUAAACUAAAGCUGAAUCCCUCAUUUUUAAUGAUAAUCCUGAUUUGAAACUGUAACCCUCGUUAGAAACCCUGACCCUGUUUUAAAACGCUUUAAACGCUCCUUUGAAUUUUUUUACAUUAUUUCUAUCCGCAGGCGGGACGGUGGAUCAGCUGGUAAAGCGUUGGCCUCACAGCUCUAAGGUCCUGGGUUUGAUUCCGGAUCCGCCUGUGUGAAGUGUGCAUGUUCUCCCCGUGCCUGCGUGGGUUUUCUCCGGGCACCUCCCACAUCCCGAAAACAUGCAACAUUAAUAGGACACUCUAAAUUGCCCCUAGGUGUGAUUGUGAUUGCGUCUGUUUGUCUCUAUGUGGCCUGCGAUUGGCUGGCAACCAGUUCAGGGUGUGCCCCGCCUCCUGCCCGCUGAGAGCUGGGAUAGGCUCCAGCGCUCCCCACGACCCUCGUGAGGAUAAGCAGCAAAGAAAAUGGAUGGAUGGAUUUCUAAACACUUGCCACAAAUUAACAUUUGGAACUGUAACACUGCCUCAAAACCUUUUAGAAAUCCUCCCUUGAAACUGUUAUCCAAGUCCUUAAUUCAAAAUUCUAACCCGACAUUCAGGUUUGAAACCCAAAUUCUAAAUCCUAACUCUUGCGGAAGAUGGUCACGUGAAGUGUGACUCAUCCUGGUUCGGUGGACUUUUUCCCUGGAUCCUGUUGUCCUUCCUGUUUCCACCCACUCCACCCAUUCUUAGUCUAUUAGGGAGAGAAAUAUGGUCGUGAAUGAGAGAAAGAUCCUCUUUCUCCCUUAAGAAGCUUAAGGUGUCGACUUGGCCAUUGAUUAUCACGACCGAGAGCACUUCCUGUUUUUGCCUCGUGGACGCCGCCUCACACGGCCGAGUCGCCGAAGCUCCUUAACGCCGCUCUUUCACUUAAGCCCGUCACUCGUGCGCCAAAUCGUCCCGCCCUCGCCGCCCGUCACCGCAGUGAGUGACGUGAACGUGGCAGGUCGCGCUCCUUCUGGUGCAUCUGGACCCGAGUUGGCCUACAUCUUACAAACAACACCCUUCAUCUCGGUGAAAUGGUUUUAGGGUAUGAUUACAAGUUCAGUUAGGGAAUGCCAACACCAUUUUAUUUACUCAUCCAGAAAAUAACUAUACACAAACUUUAUUUAAUCUAUCCAUCCAUCCAUUUUCAAGGGUCGAGGGGAGUGCUGGAGCCUAUCCCAGCUGUCAUCAGGCAGGAGGCGAACUGGUUGCCAGCCAAUCGCAGGGCACAUGGAGACAGACAAGUCGCACUCACAAAACAUUACCUAGGGGCAAUUUAGAACGUCCAACUAAAGGGGAAAUGAAGUGGUUUGCAUUAACAAUGUAUCCAAAAGGUCAUGUAGUAUGUUCCAUAUUUUGUCAAUGUGAUGUUAAAUCCUCUCUCAUUUAAUAGUGUUUUGAGAAGAUUUUUAUCGACAAUUACGAAUUUUCAGGGACGCUGCCAUUUGCGCGAGUCACAUGACCUACGUGCGCAGCUGUGACGUGUACCGUGCCGCAACAAAGGCUCGAAUACAUGGGACACCAUUUAUUCCCAGCGUUGAUUUCUCGGAUUUAUCCCCAUCUGAUGAAGAAUUAGCAGUAUCGGUUGAUCGGGAAGACGGAGGAAUACUUCCUUACAGAUUUGAACCUGCGGCUGUAAAUGUUGAAUAUUCGGAUGGUUCUUCGGGCGGGAAUGACGCGGAGUCUGACGAGUGAGCUCCGGCGGCGGUAGAGGCCGUUAGCCGAGCUUUGGCGGCGGCGGAGGCCGUUAGCCGCAGACGCCGAAGCACAUGACCUAUUGGAUACACUGUUCAUGCAAACCGCUGGAUUUCCCCUUUAAUGUUGCAUGUUUUUGGGAUGUGGGAGGAAACCGGAGAGCCCGGAGAAAACCCACGCAGGCACAGGACCUCAGAACUGGCCAACGCUUUACCAGCUGACCCACCGUGCCACCCAGCAUGACAAUGUUAUGUAAAAGAAUUGCACAAACAAUUGUAUUAAGUUUUAGUAUUGUUUUGCUCUUUUGGAAUUACAUUUUCAAAUAUUUGGCAUUUAUGGCGCUCUCAGCCGAAACGUUAACCAACCCCUGCCCUAAAGGCUCGGUUUUGAAAAUGUACAGCAGUUCUUCUCCAAGUGCAAGGUGUUGCCACAGGGUGGGGUUUCCUCAGCCCAUUUUGGUCAUAUCCGGUAGCCGUUUUAUCUUUUAUUUUCCAUAACGAGGAACAAAGCAACAAUUUUGGGGGCCGUGGAAACGUGUCAGCUCGAACAAAUGGACUUAAAUGACCAGAUGAUACAUUUAAUGACGCUGCAAAAUCGAUUGAGAAGGCAGUGACGUCGGUGGUACAUGGAGCCCGGAGGUAUGGUCAGUACGUUUCUCAGAAUGUGACUAAAAUGGGCCUAUCAUCAUACAUCAUCACCAUAAUCAAGCUCAAGCUAUGCGGUGGUGACGUCUUUUGCAAUGCGUAAAUCACGUAACGCAAUGCGGGUGUCUAAAGUGGCCUUAAAGAUCACCAUCAAAGAACCGCUCUGCCUCUUCCCCGAUGUGAUCCCUUCUCAUGGGAACAAACAGUUCCAUUUGGAAAGUGCUGACUUUGCGGGUUUACCCUCACUCGCUUCCUGCCUUCCCGGUGCCGGAACGUAAAUGUCGCCACAACAAUAACAGGAGUUCCUCUUCGCUUCCGUUUCCUGACGGGAAACACCAACCGAAGUCCCGCUGACAGAACAGGACGCUCUGAGACCCAAAAUGACAAACGCAAAAAAAGUGAGCCGGGAUGCAGUUUUUUCGGGAAAUAUUGGGGAAACGUGGGAAGGUAUGAGAAGGCGGAGUGGUAGAGGAAAGAGAGCUGUUCCAAGUGAUGCACCAUUGCAUGCAUUACAGUGAAGAAAACAAGUAUUUGAACACCCUGCUAUAUUGCAAGUUCUCCCACUUAGAAAUCGUGGAGGGGGUCUGAAAUUUUCAUCGUACGUGCAUGGCAACUGUGAGAGAUAAUCUAAAAAGAAAAAUCCAGAAAUGACGAUGUAUGAUUUUUCAACAGUUUAUUUGUAUGAUACAGCUGCGAAUAAGUAUUUGAACACCUGUCCACCAGCUAGAAUUCUGACCCUCAAAGACCUGUUAGUCUGCCUUUAAAAGUCCACCUCAACUCCAUGUAUUAUCCUGAAUCAGAUGCACGUGUGUGAGGUCGUUAGCUGCAUAAAGACACCUGUCCACCCCGUUCAUUCAGUAAGACUCAAACCUGUAACGUGGCCAAGACCAAAGAGCUGUCCAAAGACACCAGAGACAGAAUUGUACAACUCCACACGGGUGGAACAUGACGGUCAAUCUCAAUCGGAGUGGACCCCAUAAAAGAUAUGACCUCGUGGGGUCUCAAUGACCCUUAGAAAGGUGAAGAAUCAGCCCAGGACUACAUGGCAGGACUUGGUCAAUGACCUGAAAAGAGCUGGGACCAGCGUUUCCAAGGUGACUGUUGGUAAUACACUAAUACGUCAUGGUUUGAAAUCAUACAUGGUAUGGAAGGUUCCCCUGCUUAAACCAACACAUGUCAAGGCCCGUCUUAAGUUUCCCAGUGACUAUUUGGAUGAUACAGAGGAGUCAUGGCAGAAGGUUUUGUGGUCAGGUGAGACCAAAAUUGAACUUUUUGGUCAUAAUUCCACUAACUGUGUUUAGAGGAAGACGAAUGAUGAGUUCAAUUCCAAGAACACCAUGGGGGUGGUAGCAUCAUGCUUUGGGGGUGUUUUUUUGCACGUGGGUCAGGACGACUGCACUGUAUUAGGGAGAGGAUGACCGUGGCCAGGUAUUGUGAGAUUUUGGUGAACAACCUCUUUCCCUCAGUAAGAGCAUUGAAGAUGGGUUGUGGCUGGGUCUUUCAACAUAACAAUGACCCAAAGCACACAGCCAGGAAAACCAAGGAGUGGCUUUGCAAGAAGCAUAUCAAGGUUCUGGUGGGGCCUAGCCAGUCUCCAGACCGAAACCCAAUAGAAAGUCUUUGGAGGGAGCUGAAUCUCCGUGUUUCUCAGCGACAGCCCAGAAACCUGUCUGAUCAAGAGAUCUGUGUGGAGGAGUGGGCCAAAAUCCCUCCUGCAGUGUUUGCAAACCUGGUGAACAACGAGAGGAAACGUUUGAUCUCUGUAAUUGCAAACAAAGGCUACUGUACCAAAUAUUAACAUUGGUUUUCUCAUGUGUUCAAAUACUUAUUUGCAGCUGUGUCACACAAAUAAAUCGUUAACAAAAAUCAUACAUUGUGAUUUCUGGAUUUUUUUAAGAUGAUCUCUCUCACAGUGGACAUGAACCUAUGAUGAAAAUUUCAGACCCCUCCAUGAUUUCUAAGUGGGAGAACUUGCAAUAUAGCAGGGUGUUCAAAUACUUACUGUAUUUUCUUCACUGUACAUUGGGCAAAUUAGACAGUACCUAAUGAAGUGUCCAAUUGUUCCAUUAAGGUGUGUGAG